GGCUCAAAACCCACGCAGGUGUCAGCGACUACGCUCACGCCGAGGGGACAACUCGAAGUACUAUGCUACCAUUCGGCCUGCUGAGCCCCAUGGCCAGCAGCCAAUCCACCUCUCUCAACUGAACCCAAAAUGGCUGCAAAUCUUCACUUUCUAUGCCGUUCGGGGUCUUUUGGCCCUUUAUUUCCCUUCAGUUCCCCAACUUUAAUCUCUCGAUUCAGACCAGUUUCCGUCUCUUUCAACUCCAUCUUUGCGCCGAUCUUCCGCUCCGAUGCAUUCACUUUGAGAUUUGGGACCAAAAUCCGUCGGGAACAGUGCCGAGUUGCGGCAGUAAUGUUGUUGCCUGAUAAUCCGGUGGUGUCUGAUAUCUGCGCCACCGCCGUGUCCGGUGGAGUCGCCUUGUCUUUGCUUCGAUUAUGGACGGAAACCGCUAAACGUGGCCUCGACCAGAAAUUGAACAGGAAGCUUGUUCAUACAAGCAUUGGGCUUGCUUUCAUGCUUUGCUGGCCUAUGUUCAGUUCUGGUCAUCGAGGAGCAUUAUUGGCGUCGCUAAUUCCCGGUGUCAAUAUAAUACGAAUGCUCGUCUUGGGAUUGGGGAUAUUGAAAGACGAGGCUACGGUAAAGUCGAUGAGCAGAAAUGGAGAUUGCAGGGAGCUUUUGAAGGGGCCAUUGUAUUAUGUUGCAACAAUUACAUUAGUUUGUAUAUUCUAUUGGAGGACGUCCCCCAUUUCAAUUGCACUGAUAUGCAACUUAUGUGCUGGAGAUGGGUUGGCUGAUAUCGUCGGGAGACGAUUCGGAAGUCGAAAGAUCUCUUACAACAAAAACAAGUCACUAGCUGGUAGCGUGGCAAUGGUAUCUGCUGGUUUUCUUGCAUCUGUCGGGUAUAUGUACUAUUUCUCCUCAUUUGGGUAUGUUGAGGGAAGCAACAGAAUGGUUUUGGGAUUCUUAGUUGUGUCCAUUGCCUCAGCAUUGGUCGAGUCUCUUCCCAUAAGCACUGAAAUUGACGAUAAUCUCACAGUUCCACUCACUUCCUUACUGGUAGGGAGCCUAGUUUUCUAGUAUUUGGGAGCCAAAGCACAACGUUGCUACAAAUCCUGCUUGUUAUGUAUCCUUCUUAUGUGGCUUGAACACAUUCUACUGAACCAUAUCAGGCAUUGGUAAUGAAAAUCUAUUAAAGCCAUUGUUAUGAAAUC